AUGCCGAUACCGAAGCCUCUGCACAGCGUCAUCUCUGCGCUGCAUUGGAUCAAUCACAACAAAGUCGCCGGUGCCAUUAUCGACGAAAUGGCAGAGGAGAUCAAGAAGGACAGGGAAGCUGAACGGCAGAAGCGAGCGAAGGCGGCAGAGGCGAGAGCGAAGAAUGGUAAAAGGCAGACGUCAGGGAGACUCGAAGGGCCGUCGACGUCGAAGAAGCUUAUGAACAGUAUUGAAGGCUACUUCUCUGAUGGGCCACACGAGGCUCCUCAUCCGCCUGCAGCUCCGCACACUGAGGGGUGCACAGCGACGAAACCAGGGAACGAGGCACCUCACACGGAGGAGGGAGAUGAGCGCCGAGAACAGAGGCACCGCCAGCACCGCGCGAGCGGCAAAGAGACAAACGAACGAGAAGCUGGACGGAGUCACCACCAUUACCAUCAGCGUCGACAUCGGGAUGUACAGCCAAAGAGAAGUGCAGAGUUGACGGCCGAGCGCCUCGCCCUCAUGACUAGUGGACGCGGAAGUCCAUUGAGCGAGCCACUAGAAUCGCUGCAGCGGGACAUGACGAACGGACAGGUGAGAGAUGAGUCUUUUAAGAAGAAGAGAUCAGCGAAGGACGAAGAGAUCGGUGAGCGCAAGAAGCAGCAGCCAUCGGAGAAGCCAAAGUUUAGCUGGCGAAAGGGCAUCGGCGCGUACAUCGCAGAGAGGGCGGCGUGGAAGGCUGAGCAGCGAAAGCGUACCCAACUCGGAAGGGCGGGGCGCAGGAGAUUAGAAGAUCCACGCGAAGCUGAGCCGCCUCGAAGACUCCGCACCGACAUGGAGGUCAAAGGCACCACAGUCCGCGCGAGGCCUCGCCUCCACCGGAACAACGAAGCCAUCGCCGUCAUAUGA